AUGCAUUCUCUAAACUUGAUUGGUCUACUCACUUUACUUGCCACAGCAUUCGCCACCCCUGAAUCCCACCCGCCUGGACCACCUCAUCCCCCACCUCCUCAACGGCCCAUUCCACUGCGCUGGGGAAUCCUUGGAUUCCCGAAGUUUGUUGGCUUGGACGCAUAUGGACCCAUCGAAAUGCUCAACAUUGUCAAAACUCUCACUCCCAAUAUGACGUUGGCCAUUAUCGCUGAAACAAUGGAUCCGAUCCCCACACAUGUCUUAGGCGAUCUAGGGGGACCAAUAACGCUCAUGAAACCGACUCAUACUAUCUACGAUAAAACCCCCCUUGAUGUAUUGCUCAUCCCCGGUGGUCCUGGAAGUCGCAUAGCCUAUAACAAUACGAACCUCAUCAAUUAUGUCAAGAACGUGUAUCCGUCUCUCCAGUACAUUCUCUCGACGUGUACUGGUGCUCAAAUCUUGGCAAAGGCUGGAAUACUCGACGGCAAAAGAGCGACGACGGCAAAGUUUAGCUGGAACGAGAUGGUCAAGAGUGGACCCAAAGUCAAAUGGGCGAGUGCUGUACCAUGCGCUCGCUGGGUCAAGGACGGCAAUAUUUGGACGAGCUCUGGUGUCUCGGCAGGCAUUGAUCUCACCUAUGCUUUCGUCGCAGAGGCGAUGCGUAACGAAACGUUGGCUGAACGUGCAGCCAACAUUAUUGAGAUUGAGAUUCACAAAGAUUCGUCUUGGGAUCCUUUCUGCGCGAUUUGGAACGUGACCUCGACGUGA